AUGUCUCUUCUCCACAAAAUCUUCGUCUUCCUCGGACUCGUUGCCAUUGUUUCUGCUCAAUUGGGACUCGGACUCGGAGCAGGACCUAUUGGGGCGAAUGCUAAUGUUGGUGGAUAUGGUAACGGAUACGGUAACCAAGGAUACGGUGGCCAAGGAGUCUAUGGAAACGGAGGAGUCGGAGUCCAACCAGGAGGAGUUGUCGGAGGACUUCUCGGAUAA